AUGCACCGGAUUCACUCGUGGGCGAAAGCUCACGCGUCUACCCCGAAUACUCAGUCCCAGGGUCAAAACCAGUCCAACUCCCAGUCCUCUGAGGACGCUUCAGCUCAAGAUGCUCAAGUGAAAGAAGGUAUACGUGACCCGGCCUGCCCGGAGUCGGAAAAAGAUGCCAAUCAAACCCCUGAGCGCGGAAUGUUCGUUCGGAUGAAGGAUGGAAUUGUUCGCUUCACCGGCCACACCAAACGCGCCCUGUGCCACAGCUGGGUCAAUGUGCUGCUUGUGUUCGUCCCUGUCGGCAUUGCGGUCGAGGCCGCUGGACUCAAUCCAGGCCUGAUCUUUGCCAUGAAUGCGAUAGCUAUCAUCCCCUUGGCCGGUCUGCUCAGCCACGCCACCGAGUGUGUCGCCAGUCGAUUGGGUGACACCGUGGGUGCGCUCAUUAACGUCACCUUCGGAAAUGCAGUAGAGUUGAUCAUCUUCAGUAUUGCUCUAGUCAAGAAUGAGAUUCGGAUCGUUCAAGCAUCCCUGCUCGGCUCCAUCUUAGCAAACCUACUGCUGAUCCUGGGUAUGGCCUUUCUGUUGGGAGGCCUGCGCUUUCAGGAACAGAUCUAUAAUAGCACUGUCACGCAGAUGAGUGCAUGUCUUCUCAGUUUGAGUGUCAUGAGUUUGCUCUUGCCGACGGCGUUCCACGCUUCUUGGUCGGAUUCGGGAGAUGCAGAUAAGUACACACUUAAAGUUAGCCGUGGAACAAGUGUUGUCUUGCUCCUGGUGUACGUCUUGUACAUCAUCUUCCAGCUCAAAUCCCACGCCUAUCUUUACGCCAGUAUCCCACAACAAAUCAUUGAUGAAGAAUCUCACCCGGGUGUUCUGGCUGAAUUCAUGAAUAAACCUGAAAUGUCUCGCACUGCAGCGGUGGUGAUGCUUCUGGUGUCGACCGGCCUUGUAGCAGUGUGUGCGGAGUUUCUCGUCGACGCUAUCCCCACCAUGAUCGAGAGCUCGUCUGUCAGUGAAGCGUUCAUCGGUCUGAUUAUCCUCCCGAUUGUUGGCAACGCCGCCGAGCACGUGACCGCCGUCAGCGUGGCCACCAAGAACAAGAUGGACCUGGCCAUCGGUGUCUCGGUAGGAAGUAGUAUUCAAAUUGCUAUCUUUGUUACGCCUUUGGUGGUCAUCCUGGGUUGGUGCAUGGACAAGGACAUGUCCUUGUACUUCACGCUAUUUGAGACCAUCUGUCUAUUUGUCACGGCAUUUGUUGUCAACUUCCUGGUUUUGGAUGGCCGAAGCAACUACCUGGAAGGCUCCUUGCUCAUUGCAGCCUAUGUAAUCAUAGGUGUUGCUGCAUUUUAUUAUCCUGGCAGUGGACAGUCCAGUGAUCUUGGCACUGCUGGAGGAUAA